AUGGCGUCCGUAAGCAUAAUCGACAGCAUCCUGCGGCAGCUCGCCACGGCAGAUUUGGACGCCAAGGCAAAGCUCGAUGCCGCCGUGACCCUGCGCGACUACCUGGACCACUACACCUCAGGACCGAUCUACGCCCAAUUCCUCAAGAAGGUGAUGCCCAUCAUCUUCAACAUUCUCAAUGGACCUCCCAGCUUCCAGAGCGAAUCGCCCGAGCAGAAACUGCGCAACUGCAUGCUCGAGAUCAUCCACCGAUUCCCCUCCAUUCCCACUCCUGUCGAGCCGUUUGAGCCCUACGCCGAGGAGACGAUCGACCUUCUUUCCAAACUGAUCCAGACCGACAACGAAGACAAUGCAUGCCUGUGCAUUAAGACCGCUGGCGACAUUCUGCGCCACCAGCACAAGGUCUGCGCCGCCAAGGCGCAGUUGUUCCUCAAGCUCAUCGAAGAGCUGUUCUCGCAGACCGAGCGCAUCGUCAAGGAGCAGCUCGACAACGAGCCGGCCGACGGUGGUACGACCGGCUCCGUGGCCGCUGGCGCUGCAGGUGCUGCACCAUCGACGCCGGGCAGCUCACAGGUCGGCUUCGCGCAACACCAGCCCGGCUCGCCGGGCGUGACUGGCGGACUGGAGGUCGAUCGGCAGCUGCUCAAGGGCAUGCACUCGUUCAAGGUGAUCUCGGAAUGCCCCAUCAUCGUCGUGUCGAUCUUCCAGAUGUACCGCGCGAACAUCCCGCAGAGCAUUAAGACGUUUGUGCCACACAUCAAGUUUGUGCUCUCCGUCCAUCCCAAGGCACAGGAACAGGCACACAGUGAAGCCGCCAAAACCGGCACAUAUUUCUUCGGCAUGAGCCCCAACAUCAAGAACAAGACAAGCUACGGCGACUACAUCACUUUGCAGGUCAAGAUGAUGAGCUUCCUGGCAUAUGCGCUUAGGCAGUACUCGCAGCAAAUGUCCGACUUUCUCGUUCAUCUGCCGAAAACGAUCAUCCGACUCCUGCGCGACUGUCCGCGCGAGAAGGCCGCCGCUCGCAAGGAGCUGAUUGUGGCUAUCCGCCACAUUAUCAACUUCAACUACCGGCGCAUCUUUGUGACCGUGAUCGACGAGUUCCUCGACGAGAGAACGCUGUUGGGUGACGGCCUGACCGUCCAUGAGACGAUGCGUCCUUUGGCCUACAGUAUGCUUGCAGACCUCAUCCAUCAUGUCAGGGACCACCUCCAGCCGGCGAUCAUCCGCAAGACUGUGGCGAUCUACACGAAGAACCUGCUCGACGAUUUUCCGGGCACCAGUUUUCAAACCAUGAGCGCGAAGCUGCUGCUCAACAUGGCUGAAUGCAUCGCCAAGAUGGAAGACAAGGUAGAGGCACGCCACCAUCUGGUGACCAUUCUCAACGCUAUUGCCGACAAGUUCGCCGCCAUGAACCGCCAGUAUGACAACGCCCAGAAGCUGUCCAAGGAGUACAGCGACCUGCUGGAUCUGCAAAAAGAGCGGGCCAGCAAGUCGCCCACCGCUCUGGGCAUGGCCGCCUUCUCCGAGACCUUCCUUGCCGAUCCGAAAGUGCGGCCACAGUGGGACGAGAUCGACCUCUUCACGGCGGCGCCGCCCAUCAAGCUGACAAACGCGCGUGAGCGUGGCCAUGACCCCGUGGGUGACAACAAGUUUCUCUUCAAGACAUUGAUGCAAGGCUUGCGUAACACCGUCUUUCAACUGCGCAACUGUGCCCAAAAUCCGACGAUUGACCCGGCCAUCGCGCCUCCGGGAUGGUCUGAUGUGGCUAGCGGCUUCAAUGCCGAGGAGGUCAAGGUGAUUAUCAAGCUUUUCCGCGAGGGCGCCCGCGUGUUCCGCUACUAUGAUAGUGCUGAAAAGGUCACGGCUGAGCCGCCGUUCGCGUCCAUCGUGGAGUACAUGGCCAACUUUUAUAUGGUGUCCAGCUCCAAGGAGGAGAAGGAUUUGCUGGAGUCGUUUGCCACGCUCUUCCACGUCAUCGAUCCGGCCACGUUCAACGAGAUAUUCGAGCAGGAGGUGCCCCAUCUCUUCGAGAUGACUUUUGAACACACCGCUCUCCUGCACAUUCCACAGUACUUUUUGGCCAGCGAGGUCACAUCGCCAACCUUUUGCGGCAUGCUCUUACGGUUUCUGAUGGAGCGCAUCGAGGACGUCGGGCUUGCCGAUGUCAAGAAGGCAUCGGUGCUGCUGCGCAUGUUUAAGCUGGCAUUUAUGGCAGUCACCUUGUUUGCGGCGCAGAACGAGCAGAUCCUCCUGCCGUAUGUCGUCGACAUCAUCAGCAAAUCGGUCGAGCUGUCGACCCGUGCCCAGGAGCCAAUGAACUACUUUCUCCUCCUGCGCUCUCUCUUCCGGAGCAUCGGCGGCGGCAAGUUCGAACAUCUCUACAAGCAGAUCCUGCCGCUGCUCGAAAUGCUUCUGGACGUGCUGAACAACCUGCUCCUGGCUGCCCGCAGGCCCAUCGAGCGGGACCUGUACGUCGAGCUGUGCCUCACGGUGCCGGCUCGACUGAGCAACCUGUUGCCCCACCUCAACUUUCUUAUGAGGCCGUUGGUGGCUGCGCUGCGCGCUGGCUCAGAUAUGGUCGGCCAGGGGUUGCGAACACUGGAGCUUUGCGUCGAUAACCUCACGGCAGAGUAUCUGGACCCGCUGAUGGCGCCCGUGCUGGACGAGCUGAUGCCUGCACUGUACGACCAGCUUAGGCCGCAUCCGUACAGCCACUUUCACGCCCACACUGCCAUGCGCAUUCUGGGCAAGCUGGGUGGCCGUAACCGGAAGACGAUGACGGACCAUCUCCCGCUGUCGUUCAAGCAGUACAUUGACGACUCGCCGAGCUUUGAUGUCCGGCUUGUCGGCUCAAAGAAAGACCGGCCGUUCAACGCAGACCUGGGCCUCGAACUGGCCCUGCAGAAGAUCAUGGAGAUGCCGGGCAAGCCGUCACGAAACCCGAUUUCGAAGCAGUCCGACGCGUUUUACAAGAAGCAGGCCCUGCAUAUGAUCAAGGCCCACGUCAAGAUGCGCAUUGGCUACGACAACCUGCCCGAUGACCUACCGCGGCUGGUGCGGUUGCAGGCACAGGACCUGCUAGCCAAGAAGCUGGACGUGGACCUAGCCGUGUUUGAGGAGAGCCACCGCGAGCGGUCGGUUGCGAAGAAACACGAGAUGGAGGACAUGCUGACGCGGCUGAUCAAGGCGCUCUUUUACGCAGAGUCAAUUGAGGACCUGCGGGAUGAGGCUGACGGCUUCCUGAUGAACAUUUGCCGGCACUUUAUCUUUCUCGACAUUGGGCGCACGCUCAUUAGCUCCAAGCGGGCCAUCACGGCCUUUAACGCGACGACGGGCGAGGGGCCGCUGGUGCUCGACUCGCAUCUCCUGGCCGACGCCAUCCUCGAGUCGCUCUCGUCCAUGCAGGAGGACGUGCGGAAGGCGGCACAGCGGGCGAUCGAGGUGAUGUUCAAGACGGCGGCAGUGAUCUUUGGCACGGAAGACGGGGUGCAUGUACUAGAGUUCUUUAACCACCUGGCUGCCACGUUCACGCACGGCUGUUACGUGGAGGAAUGGUUUCUCAAGACGGGUGCCUGCCUGGGCAUCCAGACGCUCCUGACGAUGGUCGAUCUGGGCGAUGCAUGGGUGGGAUCGAUGCAGAUGGAGUUUAUCCGGUCGCUACUGUUCGUGGUGAAGGACAUGCCCCCCGACCUGCCGGAAACGACGCGCAGCCUGGCGCAGUCGACGCUGGAGAUCUUGCUGGAGCGGGUGACCAAGGGCCUGACGAAAGAGGACGUGAUCCCGUCGACGGACGACAAGGAGCAGCGGGACAGCGAGACGCCGAACGAGCAGAGCAAGCGGAGACUAGGACCGCGGCGGCUUCCGCAGACGUGUCUGCUCCUGGCGACGGAGCUCUCACACAUGAACAGACACGUGCGCAACACGGCGAAGCGGUCACUGGAGCAGAUCGCCAAGGCGGUCAACAUGGAGGUCUGGGAGGUGAUUGAGCCGUACAAGGAGCGUUUGUUGUCGCCGCUGUUCCAGAAGCCGCUGCGGGCGCUGCCAUUCUCGAUCCAGAUCGGCUACGUGGACGCGCUGACAUACUUUAUGACGCUCAAGUCGGACUUUGUGGUGAUUGACGAGAACGUGGAGCGGCUGCUGACGGAGUCGUUGGCGCUGGCCGAUGCGAGCGACGAGUCUCUGGCCGGCAAGUCGGCAGAGUUCCGGACGCACAACUUCAUCGUGGACCUGCGGGUGGCCUGCAUCCGGAUCCUCAGUACAGCGAUGGGCUUUGACGAAUACCAGAAGGGCCAGGGCAACGCAGCGCGGUCCAAGAUAGUGUCGGUCUUCUUCAAGUGCCUGUACGCGGAAUCGAAGCCGACGAUCGAGGCGGCCAACGAGGCGAUGAAGCGGGUGCUGAUGUACACGAACAAGCUGCCCAAGGACCUACUGCAGUCGGGGCUCCGGCCGGUGUUGGCCAGCCUGCAGGAAGCCAAGCGGCUGACGCCUCACGGGCUCGAGAACUUGUCGCUGCUGCUGCGUCUCCUGACAAACUACUUUAAGGUCGAGAUUGGGACGCGACUGCUAGACCAUGUCAACAAGCUGGCGGAGCCAGCAGCGGUGCAGCAGAUCUCGUUUGUGCUGUUUGAGCAGAGCCCGCUGAUGAAGAUCAUCGUGGGCGUGUUCGGCGUGUUCCAUCUGCUGCCGGAUGCGGCGCGCAUGUACAAGGAGCGGAUCAUCGAGGCGGUGCUGGACCUGGAAGACAAGCUGCGCCGGACGCACUAUAGCGCGUUGCGGGCGCCGGUGUACAAGUACAUGGGCCGGUAUGCAGACGACGUGGGGCAGUAUCUGAUGGGUCGGAUUGAGGAGCUCAAGUAUGGGCGGUUCCUGUCGCAGGCGCUGCUGGACGGCGAGAGCCGGUCGCUGCGUGACUACUGCAACGCCCACGUGGACGAUCUCAUCAGCAGGUGCAACACGAUUGUGCUGGAGCAGAAAGAGACGGAGUCGAUUGCGGUGAUCAACACGAUCCACAUCCUGUAUGCGCUGUGCAUCCGCAGCACUGACAAUGCGGAAGCCGUGGCGGAUGGCAGCAGCAGCAGCAGCAGCAGCAGCAACUCGGCGGCCUGGCUGGAGAAGAAGGAGCAUCUGGUGUGGCUGAAGACGGUGGGCCGGACGCUGGAGGAGCGACUCAAGGCCAACUCGCUGGCGCCACAUCUGCGGCUCGCGGGCAACCAGGCGGCUGAGCAGCUGAUGACGAUCCUGACGCGCAGCCUAGAGCUUCACGUGGAGGACACGGAAAUGCUGCUGGGGCUGGUGGAGACGGUGACGUCGGAGGACCUGCGGGCAACGCCGGUGUUCUUUGCGCACAUCUACCGGAACAUUGUCAGCAACGAGCGGGUGGAGUUCAGCAAGGUACUCGUGCUGCGCUGUCUGGAGGUGUACGCAGGCAAGACGGCGACGCACAAGACCAAGUCGUUUCUGCUGCACUACAUGGUCAACCCGACGGUGGCGAUGUCGAUCAUGCGCAACUGGGACGUUCUGGGCGAGGAAGAGCGGGAGAAGGGAGCGCCGCUGCUGGCGGACAAGCAGAUCAUCGAGUCGAUCACGGAGAAGAUCUGGAAGACGAACAUGGUGGACCACCAGGAUGAGGUGUCGACGCGGUCGGGUGGCGUGGACUACACGCGGAUGGAGGUGAUGCAGCUGACGGCAAUGUUGGUCAAAUACCACCACGCGAUCCUGCAGGAUGUGCGCAAGGACAUUAUCAAAUUUGGCUGGACGUACAUCCGGAACGACGACGCGAUGAACAAGCAUGCGGCCUACGUGGUGAUCGGGUACUUUAUCCAGCACUACGACACGCCGGUCAAGAUCGUGUCGCAGGUGUACUACUCGCUGCUGAAGGCGAACCAGAGCGAAGGCCGGGCGCUGGUGAACCAGGCGUUGGAGAUCAUUGCGCCAGUGCUGCCGACGCGGUUUGGGUCGAGCGACCGGAACGCGGCCUGGGCAGCGGCACCGCGACGGAUCCUGGCAGAGGAGAGCCACAACGCGCAGCAGACGAGCAGCAUCUUCCAGUUCCUGGUGCGACGGCCGAACCUGUUUUACGAAUCGCGCGACAAGUUCACGAUGCUGAUUAUCAUGUCACUGCGACGGGUGGCGAGUCCGGGCAACGCGUCGAGCGAGAGCAAGCGGCUAGCCCUGAACCUGAUGUGGCUGAUCUGGCAGUGGGAGCAUCGACGGGUUGAGGGCACGCUGAUCGACGAGAGCCGGCGAGGACGAAGUGGGAGUGCAGCCAAGGCGUUAGGAUCGCCACGAUCGACAUCAGAGUCGCCACUUUCGCGGAAGCGCAAGCUCGAGACGGCCGAGGAGAAGCGAGAGGGUCCAGGCUCGCCGAUGGUGUUGACAUCAGCCAAACAGGAGUAUCAGGUGCCGGCGAUGGGCCGACAGAAGAUGCUGCGGUUUCUGAUCGAGUUCAUCGCGCAGCUGAACGAGCGAUACGAGCUGCCGACGUCGAAGCCCAAGGACCCGGCGACGCAGCCGUCGUUUCCGUGGAGCGAUCUGUGCACGCGAUCGAUGGCACUGCUGUUCAACCUGCUGCAACCACGAUUCUGGGGCGUGGCAGACGUGGAGCUGCUCUCUCACGCAACCGAGCUCGUGCUGACGGGCGAUAAGGCGACACAGGCACUGGCGACCGAGCAGGGCGACCGGGACCCAGCGGACGAUAAGUUCAUCGGCACGAUUGUCAACAUGCUGCAGGUGGUGCGGGUGAUUCUCAACUUCCAGCCGGACGAGUACAUUGUGACGAACAUGGAGGCGAUUCAGCGACUGUUGGACAAGUGUCUGCGGUCGGACAACGCGGAGGUGCAGGACUGUCUGCACACGGUGACGACCGAGUACGACGACGGCCGGCAGCUCAAGUCGAUCAUCGGACGGAUCCUCGAGACGGUGCCGGAAGACGUGCACAUGGAGGAUGUCGACGGCGAGGGCGAGGUGGAGGCGCAGCCAUCCGAAUUUGUGACGUUCUUGUCCAACGUGGCAACAGAGACGCUGGGAGCCAACAACUACAUAGCGGGCAUCAACAUCCUGUGGUCGCUGUCGAGCCGACGGCCAAGCGCGGUAGACCCACACAUCCAGGCGCUGCUCAAGACGCUGCAGUCCAAGCUGGGCCGCGAACACUUGGCCCAUUACACAGCAGCAGCAGCACAGGCAGCCAAUCCACACGGCCGAGCCUCCCAUGCAGCCCAGCAGCAGGACCCAGGACUAGCCGGCGCAGAGAUGACGCCGUUCAACCUGAUGGUGCAGUCGGGGCUGAUCGUUCGGGCCAUUGACGUGCUGGCAAAACGGAUCGAGACGCUGGGCGACAACCGGCGACCCUUUCUCAGCGUGCUGGCCAACCUGGUGGAAAAGUCGCAGGACGUGCGGCUGUGCAGCACCAUUCUUGACCUGGUCGAGGGCUGGGUCUUCAAGUCGGAGGGCACGUGGCCGACGCUUAAGGAGAAGACGGCGGUUCUGCAUAAGAUGCUCGUGUUUGAGCACCGUACCGAUCUGACGAUGUUGCAGCGUUUUCUCGACCUGGUGCUGCGCAUCUACGAGGACCCCAAGAUUGCGCGUACGGAGAUCACGGUGCGGCUGGAGCACGCCUUCUUGAUCGGCACACGGGCACAAGACGUCGACACGCGCAACCGCUUCCUGGCCGUCUUCGAUCGCAGUCUCGCCAAGUCGGCCAGCAGUCGUCUCGGCUUCGUGAUCGCGGAGCAGAAUUGGGACACGCUGUCGGAGUCGUUCUGGCUGGCCCAGGCGUCGCACCUGCUGCUCGGCGCCGUCGAGAUGGGCGGGGCCGCACAGCUGCACGCCGACGACGUGCGCGUGCAGCCGCUGUCGCAGCUGUGCAGCAUCUACGGCACCGAUGGCCGCGAGCCGGCGCUGAUGGUCGACGAUCGCUACGAGGCUUUGGUGGGGACGUUGCGACGUCACGUGACCAGUCUGGCCGAUGUCCGUGUGCGCGACCUGCUCGAGCCGCUGACGCACCUGCAGCACACAGACGCGGCGACGGCCGGAGCGGUGUGGGAGACGCUCUUCCCGCUCUUCUGGGGUGCGACGCUGCGCGAAGACCGUGCCGAGCUGGAGCGCGGCCUCGUCGGCCUGCUGGCCAAGGAGUACCACAACCGGCAGAUGGACAAGCGGCCGAACGUGGUGCAGGCCCUGCUGGCCGGAGCUGCGCGCGCCUGGCCUGACUGUAAGGUUCCACCGCAUGUUCUCAAGCACCUAGCACGCACGUUUGACGCCUGGUACGUGGCCCUGACGCAGCUGGAGCGCGCGGCCAUCCGGCCAGAAGUGGCGUCGGUCCACGUGCGCGAGAGCAAUCUGGACGCGCUGGUGGAGCUGUAUGCCGACCUGAAGGAGGAGGACCUAUUCUACGGAGCCUGGAGGCGACGCUGCCACUUUCUCGAGACCAACUCGGCCCUGUCGUACGAGCAGAACGGCAUAUGGGACAAGGCGAAACGAAUGCACGAAGCCGCUCAGAUCAAGGCGCGCACCAGCGUGAUUCCGUUUUCGCAGAGCGAGUACAUGCUCUGGGAGGACCACUGGGUCAUCUGUGCGCAGAAGCUGCAACAGUGGGAAAUCCUGCAGGACUACGCCAAGCACGAGAACUUCCAGGAUCUGCUGCUCGAGUGCGCGUGGCGCAACUUUGACAUGUGGCAGGAGCAGACGAGCCGGGACCAGCUGGACGGCCUGAUCAAGGGCGUCAUGGACGCACCGACACCGCGCCGUGCCUUUUUCCAGGCCUUUAUGGGCCUGCUUCGCUUCCACCACAAGCAAGACACGAUCCAGGAGUUUGGGCGCGUGACGGACGAGGCAAUCCAGCUGUCGAUUCGCAAGUGGCACCAGCUGCCACGACGGCUGACUAAUGCGCACGUGCCCCUGAUGCAGAACUUCCAGCUCAUGGUCGAGGUCCACGACGCAAGCAUCAUCUGCAACAGCCUGGCGUCGACGACGCUGAUGAACCUGGACGCCAAGUCGGCCGAGCUUAAGCUGCUCCUGGGCUCAUGGCGUGACCGGCUGCCGAACAUGUGGGACGACAUUCUGGCGUGGCAAGACUUGGUCACGUGGCGCCAGCACAUCUUUAACCUCAUCAACAGCACCUACCUCAACCUGCUGCAGCCACCGCCGCAAGGGGGGGCGGCCGGAGCGAACGGACAGGCCGGAGCGGCAGCCGGACAGAACGGCCAGGCCGGACAGGCGACGGGAUCGACAGCAGCCGCGACGGCAGCAGCAGCCGCAGCAGCAGCAGCAGCCGCGGGCGGAUCGUCGUUUGCGUACCGCGGGUACCACGAGACGGCGUGGAUCAUCAACCGGUUCGCGCACGUGGCACGCAAGCACGACCUGCCGGACGUGUGCAUCACGCAGCUCGGACGGAUCUACACGCUGCCCAACAUCGAGAUCCAGGAGGCGUUUUUGAAGCUGCGCGAGCAGGCCAAGUGCCACUUCCAGAACGCAGACGAGCUGACCAACGGGCUGGACGUGAUCAACAACACGAACCUCAACUACUUCAGCCCGCCGCAAAAGGCCGAGUUCUACACGCUCAAGGGCAUGUUCCUCGAGCGGCUCAGCCAGAAGGACGAGGCCAACACGGCCUUUGGUACCGCGCUCUUUUACGACAUCACGACAGCCAAAGCGUGGGCCGAAUGGGGCUUCUUCAACGACCGGAUCUUCCAGGCCGAGCCGACCAACUACACGGCGGCGCGCCAGGCCCUGACGUGCUACCUGCAGGCGGCGUCGAGCUACAAGAACGCCAAGGCGCGCAAGCUGAUUGCGCGGAUUCUCUGGCUGCUCAGCCUGGACGAUGCGGCCGGCACCAUCGCCGGUGGCUUCGACGAUUUCAAGGGCGACAUUGCCACGUGGUACUGGAUCACCUUUAUCCCGCAGCUGCUGUCGGGUCUGACCUACAAGGAGGCCGUGCGGACUCACGCGAUCCUGCUGCAGAUUGCCAAGACGUAUCCGCAGGCGCUGUACUUUGUCCUGCGCACGAGCCGCGACGACAUGCUGGCCGUCAAGAAGAACCAGGAAGCACGCGAGCUGAAGGUGGCCCAGCAGCAGGCAGCCAAGCAGCUGUUGCAGCAACAGCAGCAAGCAGCAGCAGCUCAGCAAGCACAGCAGGCUCAGCAGGCUCAGCAGCCGUUGAUCAAGAUUGAAGGAGACGGCGGGUCGUCGUCACGGCCGAGCACGGCCAACGGUGUGGGAGGUGCGUCUGGGACGGCAAAGAGCGAGACCUCGGAUGGGGCGAAUGGGACGGCAAAUGCAGCAUCGACAACGACAGCGCCCAUUCUAGCACCUCCGCCACCACCUCCACCACUCCAUCCGACCAAACGACACCCGUGGGACUUUAUGGAAGACGUGCUGGUGGCAGUCAAGUCGUCGUUCCCGCUGCUGGCACUGUCGAUGGAGACGAUUAUCGACCAGAUCCAGAAGCACCUCAAGUGCCCGCCAGACGAGGACGCAUACCGGCUGAUCGUGGCUCUGCUCAACGACGCCAUGUCGUAUAUCAGCCGGUCACCGGCGUCGUACAGCCGAGACGUCAAGCUUCCGGCAGCGACCGAGUCCAACAUCACGCGGUUUGCCGAGACGGUGUUGCCGACACACAUCCGGCCCAUGUUUGAGGAGGAGUUUGUGGUGGUCAAGCCGACCAUGUACGAGUACAUCCAGAACCUGCGGCGGUGGCGCAACAAGUUUGAGGACAAGCUGGACCGACGGGCAGGACGGGUGCCGCUGGAACAGCUGUCGCCACACCUGUGCGAAUUCCGAUACCUCAAGCUGGACGACAUUGAGAUUCCGGGGCAGUACCUGCAGCUCAAGGAUAAGAACUCGGACUUUAUCCGGAUCGAGCGGUUUAUGCCGCAGGUAGAACUGGUACGAACAGUUGGGGUGUCACACCGACGGAUUCGGAUCCGUGGCCACGAUGGCAGCGUCCAUCCGUUUGCGGUACAGCAGCCGACAGCACGCAACUGCCGGCGCGAAGAGCGGGCGCUGCAGCUGUUCCGGCAGCUCAACCAGCGGCUGCACCACAAGAAAGAGAGCCGGCGACGCGACCUGCAGUUCACGCUGCCACUGGUGGUGCCGGUGGCCCAACACAUCCGCCUGGUGCAGGACGACCCGACGUACGUGUCGAUGCAGACGAUCUACGAGGAGCACUGCCGCGAGAACGGCUUCAGCAAGGAUGACGCAGCCAUCUUCACGAUGGAGAAACUGGCCGCGUUGAGCGAUGCGCAAAAGGGCGGCAGCAACGGCAAUGGCAGCAACGGCAGCGGCAGCAGCAACAGCCACGGCGGGCCGCCGAGCCAGCAGGCCAUGUCGACACGGCUGGAGGUGCUGGAGGCCAUCCAGGCGACCAAGGUGCCGAACACGGUGCUGCUGGAGUAUUUCCAGCGGACGUUUGGCGACUUUGCCGACUUCUGGCUCUUCCGCCGCCGGUUUGCCUACCAGUACGCAGCGACGACCUUUAUGACCUACAUCCUCUGCGCGGACAAGCGGUACCCACACAAGAUCAACAUUGGGCGCGGCUCCGGCAGCGUGUGGAGUGCCGAGGUGAUGCCGUUUAUGCCGAUGAACCAGCCGUACUUUAAGAACCCGGAGACGGUGCCGUUCCGACUGACGCCGAACCUGCAGGCGCUGAUGGGCCCGCUGGCGGUCGAGGGCAUCUACGGCAGCUCCAUCAUGGCCAUUGCCCGCAGCCUGGCCGAGCCAGAACAGGAGCUGGCCUAUGCCCUCACCCUCUUUGUCCGGGACGAGAUGGUCUUUUGGUUCACGAGCAAUAGGCACGCUCAGCAGAUGACCGAGGACAAGCUGCGCCGCGCCGUCCAGGCCAACAUCGAUCUGGUGACCAAGCGGGCCGCCAGUCUGGCCCAGACGCCCGUCGGCAACCUGCCGGCCCAUCAGACCGCCAUCGACCUGAUCGCCAAGGCCGCCAACCCGGCCAACCUCGCUAUGUGCGACGUGCUGUGGAUGGCGUUUUUGUAG